AUGGCAUCAAUGCGAGACCAAAAAAUCGAGCAGCAACGCCAGUUAAUGGAACAAAAAAUGAAACAGAAACGCCAGAAUUCCGGUAUGGUCCAAGCUAAUGACUUAAGGGUAGGAUCAGCAAAACGUCCAAUAUCUGGCAGCCGAUCCCGGGAGCUUCAUGGCUACGAUGGUCCGAUGCAAUAUCUUAUGUCACCAGUUAAUCCAGACCAAGUCAUACCCCUGCAAACAAAUAGAAUAUCAACAUAUGAUGAACUCGGUAAUCAGAUCGAAGUAUUGACUGUAGGCGAGGGGGAUGGCAGCGGGGAAGAGGAGGAAGAAAGUGUACCUGUAUGCAGGUGGGCCGCGACGCGGAGUACCCAUGAUAUUUGCGCGGACGCAGCUGUCGCACCCCUCCAUACUCAAUCUAGGAAGGACAUGUCACCUACAGGGGGAAAACGAGGUGGGUGGUGA